AUGCCAGGAAAAGUUCAACUCACAAAGGGCAUGCCAGGAAUUUCACCAGUCGGACAAUUUCACCAGUCGAACAAAGUUCAACUCCCAAUUCCAAAUUUCCAAAUACCAGUUGCCUGGAAAAUUCAUGCACGAAGGGCAUGCCAGGAAUUUCACCAGUCGGACAAAGUUAAACUCCCAAUUCCAAAUUUCCAAAUACCAGUUGCCUGGGAAAUUCAUGCCAGUCUGACAAAGUUCAACUCACAAAGGGCAGGAAUUUCGCCAGUGACACUCCUCCCUAUAUUAACAAGCACUUCCUCCCUCCUCCAAAGAGUUGCUCUGAGUAUUUCAUUUCCGGUACGUACGAAGGGAAGGGCACUCCAUAUCUAUACCAUACCAUACAACCGUGAGCCGUUAACAAGACUCUCUCGAAACGGAAAAGUGCACGGUGGUGGUCAUGGCUGUCAGACCUGGGAAGAGAUCCCAUGUAGCUUUACUAUAGUUAAUGUGAACUCCAAAUAUGUGACGCUUUCGUCGAUCUCAAUUCUAAAAUUGUAUAAGGCGAGAUUUGUCCAACCACGCGAGAUGAAUCAUCAAGCAAGCAUUCCUGUUAGCAACAGCGAUCCUCUACGUUCAGAGCCGCAAGUGUAA